AGUGACUACCACUGCUUUGAUCAAUAGCAGGAAAAAUGGCGCCUGCCAUGGAGAGUUUAACCGACGUACAAAAGCAAAUUUUUGAGAAAAUCAGUAACAAUGAAGUGGCGGAACUUAAAACGUUGUUGGCGGCAAAUAAAAUUAAAAUGGAUUUUGUAGAUGAAAAUGGUAUGAGUCCACUUCAACAUGCCUGUUAUAAGGGAAAUAAAGAAAUAGUACAGAUGCUUCUAGAUCAGGGGGCUGAUGUGAACGCAUGUCAGCAUGAACAUGCAUACACAGCUCUCCAUUUCGCUGCUUUAAGUGGAAAUGCAGAACUGUGCCAUUUGUUAAUGUCCCAUGGAGCUCGUUUGACUGCAACAAAUAGUGUAGGACGAACUCCAGCACAAAUGGCUGCUUUUGUUGGGAAUCACAACUGUGUAGCAACUAUCAAUAACUUUAUUCCAAAGGCUGACAUAGAUUAUUAUGUGAAACCACAGGGUUUACAGACUGAAUCGAUGCUUCCACCGCAUCUAGCAGAUUCUUUCCACAAAUUUAUAAUGCAAGUCAAUGUACAUCCUGUACGCGUAGCUCUAAACUUGCAGAGAUGUCCUGGUCUCUUAGAAAAUGCUGAUAAGGUACAGAAAGUUCUAGAAUCUAUGCGUCACAAAGAAAUGACAAGAGGCGCUGAAACAAAUGUAGUGAUGGCAUUUAAGUAUCAUUACCUCAGUUGUGUCGUCGCCGAAGUAAUUAAAUUCCAAAAAAGGCAAGAAGCAAUGAAGGCAGAGAAAACUGAAAAAACAAAUGAAGAAGGAGAAGAGAGAAAGUCAGAUACUAUAGAAGGUUUAAUAAGAAAAUUUUUAAAAUGUAGCAAAAAUGAUGACAUACCAGAAUACCAAGAAGCUUUUUUAAGAGAAACUGUGAGAGAAUUUCCAUAUCGAGAAAGCACAAUUUUUCGUCAAAUGGUAGCAACUCUUGCAGCUACUGAUCCACCAUCAGCACUAUCGGUAGUAUCGGCUGCAAUUAAUGGUCAAAGAGCUUUCUCUGAUAACGCACAAGUCUGCGUCACAUGUGGAGAAGAUAAAGCUAGUAAAAAAUGCAGUAAAUGUAAAACAGUGCAAUAUUGUGAUAGAGAAUGUCAAAGACUUCAUUGGUUUAUGCAUAAAAAGGCAUGUACUCGAUUAGGUCAAAGUACAACAUCAAACGCAAAAAUAACCGACAUGGACAAAGAACAAAUAAGUAAUGCCGUAAGCUCUAGGUUACAAAAUCUAAAUGUUAAUUAAUUGAGAGCAAAACAAAAUGUGAAAUUUAAUUUUUACGUGGUGUUUACAGAGAGGAACGGACUUUUUAUGUACCACAUUUACAUUUCUAUCCUUGUUUUUUUGUUUGAAAAAUCCACUGUAUAAUUGAUAAUGUAUUAUAAAUAACUUCGUUGUACCCAAAUACUCUAUUAAAAAUGUUAUUUCCUCAGAA